CUUCUUUAGACGAUAAAAAGUGUAGAAAGUGCGCAAAAAUGUUGAAAACUGGAAUCACAUGCAGGGAAUGCAACAAUUCGUUUCAUUUUCGAUGUGCUAAAAUUGACUCAUCAGUGAAAGAAAACAACGAAUUUACGACAAGCUGGAACUGCAUUCAAUGCUGCCUUAAAAACUCAGGUAAAAUUACAAAUGCAAAAAGUUGUGACUGUAAGUGCGAAUUCUCAGCAUUAGUUGAAGAUUUAAUACGUGAAAUUCAGUGUUUAAAAGCUGAGGUUACAUCACUAAAUAAAAAGGUGAACGAAAUUGAUCGGCAGUGCCUGUUGAACGGUAGUAGGCCUAAAUCAAAAACAAAGGAAUGCUUUCCGACUAUUGUAACUCAAAACAGGUAUCAGAUUCUUGACGAAAUACCGAUGGCGGAAGUUGCAGCAUUAAAAUCCGUGCAAACUAAAAACAACCGUUCAAACUGUAAAAAAAUUGCCAGUGAUAAUUUCAAAAAACGCCAAGUCCCGAACUCAUGUAUUAAUGCUAACUUAGUGAGUGAACAUAAACAAAUAGUUCAAUGUAACGACAGUGAAGUCCGUGAAAGAAAUGACAGUGUAAUCCAUGAAAAUGUAUGCAAGAAACUAUUCCAAAACGGCAGUAGAAGCGAGAAGAACCAGAAGUACAAGAAGGGCCGAAUUCUUAUAUAUGGGGACAGUCAUGGUCGCGAAAUAGCUCAAAACAUCGUGAAUAUCCAAGACGAUUUUACAACUGUGGCUCACAUUCAACCUGGUGCACCUCUUUCUGCUGUGGUGAAGCCGUGUGUGCAAGAUAGUGAAUCUUUCUCAGCAAAUGAUUAUGUCGUUAUCAUCGGUGGUACAAAUGAUGUGGCUAAAAACCAAGCAAAUGACGCUAUCAGGCACAUGAAAAUAACACUCGGAGAACCAUCAUCUUCCUUUGGUCUGCGAUUUUAUUGUCAUCAAUGUGGUCGAACAUACAAGCAUGAGGCUAAGUUGAGACGCCAUUUACGUCUGGAGUGUGGAGUACCACGGCACUUUAAGUGCUUUGGAUGUUUAAAAAGUUUUAUACACAAGCAUCACCUCACUAAGCAUCAGCGCAAAACCAGAUGUAUGGAGAGCUAAAUCAGGGUUUCGUGUCUAAAUAAUACAAAAAUAAAAAAAAUUUCUAUAAGGGCUCAUAGAAAAAUGUGGUUUUCAAUAUUUGUGUGUUUAGAAAUCAUUUCUUUACAAAUCGUUUCUUUACUCAUAUUUCUAUAAUGAAAUAUAUUACUCUGUAAAAGUGCCGAGAACCAUUUGGAAAUCCAUAUGCGUGUUAGUUAAGUAAUAAACCUUACACUUCUUUAUUGACAACUAUACCUUUGUUACUCUUAAUUUUAUAUUUACUAGAAGUAGCUUAAACAGUUGUGAACUCAGAACUGUUAAUAAGAUGCAAAGUGUAUGUGAAACUGUUUCCAUAUUUCAGCUAGUGUUUGUGUUCAUCAUAGUUAACCAUAAAACUCACUUUUAAAAGAUAAGGAAAGCAAAAAUACAAGAAGAGAAAAAUUGAAAACGUCAGUUUGCAUGGAGGGAUGUCUAGAAAAUGUAUUGAAACGAGAUUCCUCCUUUCAUCUUUUCUGAAAUAAAGAUUAUUCAAUUUUUUUCAUUUAUAUUCCCAGUUCAUGCACCAAUUAACUGCCUGGUAUUUUAAUAUAGAAUCUGAUCAUCUCUAUAAAAUAUAGCAAGUAGUUGUGCUGAGCAAUCUUACAAUGUGGGUUUCAACAUGUGGUGUCCUAUAUUCUGUUAAAGUUGCCCAUAGCUUUGUAUUGCUAAAACUACUUAUUGACCUUAUUAGUUGGAUGGGGAACUCAGCUGCUGUUUAAUAAUUCCUGUGUAUUUCAUGUUUAAGUAUGUUCAUUUAUUUUUGAUGUACAGUACAUUGCUGCAUUUUCCUUAAAUUAGAUAAGUGCAUUGAGAAGGAUUUAAGUACCGAGUAAAUUUUGAAAAAAGAAAAAAGAAAAAAAGGACCAGUGAUGUUAUUUGUCUUGUAAAACUUCCAUUGUAUUCUGUUGGCAUGGGAAGUUCUAUGCCAUUUUAUGAGUUUUGCGGACAGUGUAGAUAUCCUGUCAUGCUUUGUUUUCUACAUAUGGUGAUUUAAAAUUGCCUGUCUGAUUUCUGUGGAUGAUAUGUGUAUUGUGUAACUUGUAAAAUGAAGUAAAUUAUCAGGCAGAUGUCAAUACGUGAUGGAUGAGCAUUGUCUCUUAUAGAUCCUUGGUAAGUGUUG